AUGAAGUUUGGUGAUUCCACCAAGAUCGACUAUAUCCCUUGUGACAACCUCGAAAAUGUACGUGUUUAUGCACGCUCGAACUUCGCCCGGCCUUAUAUGUUUAUUCAACUAUCAUCCACCUUAGGAUCAUAUUCAAAAGCAUAUCGCAGUUCAUUCGCGAAUUUCGGGUACGCUGCCCACUGUGUUGCGCUCUGCAGCCCGAUUGAAUAUGUUCCUCAGUGGUCAUUCACCCUCGGCCUGGCGCUAUCGUGUGCGCUCGACAUCAUUAUCACUGCUUCCCUUUGCUAUUUCCUCCUCCGGAACCGCAAGCAGACCUCAAGCAUGAACCACGUCAUCGAUUCUCUGAUGCUAUACGCAUUUGAGAACGGCUCCCUGACAUGCGCGGCUACCGUUAUGUCAAUGAUAUGUUGGCUCACGAUGCCGUCUAAUCUUGUGUUCAUGGGCAUACAUUUCUUCAUCAGCAAGUUGUACGCGAACUCCCUUCUAGCAACGUGA